AUGUCUCAACCACCGUCUCCAUUUCCCCCACAAUCGCAGUUCUACUCAUCUCAAACCAUGAACCCCGACACACCCCCUCCACCACCCCCAAACCCAACAGCCACGAAGCCAGUCGACACGGUACCCCGCAAAACACUGCACAAGCCUGGCAGCCAGAGCAGACAGGCACACAUCAGGGCGCAUAUUCCAAUAAUCCUCAACAGCCAUAUAUCCCCGAUCCCCCAACAAUCGAGGAAGGCUGGCUCCCAGACCUGGUGUCCGACAAAUCGUGUGUCCCCUCAAACCCCGAAACACAAUGAUAGGAGCACCUCUAACCCACGCAACCCCAGAACAACCGACCUCCAAACAAUUCUCAAAGACCCAUCCCUGAUCUCCGCCCUCUCAAGCCAACACCCCUCCUACACAGCCCACCAACAACACCUCGAGACGCUAAUUCAAACAAACAAAGACCUCGCAACUCGCGUCCUAGAGAUGGAGAACCACCUCGUUGAAGCCCGCGCCUCCACGGAAACAAUGCUGAUCACACACCAGUCACUGGAGGUCUCCUGGCGGAAGAAGCAAGCCGAGAUGGACACCGCUCUCGCCCCGUGGUCGCCGAAAGCACUAUACCAACGCUUCAGCGCAGCGAUCACGGAACAAGAGGCUGUCUGCCAUGCUGUUGAGGAGAGUUUCCUCGAUGAAGAUCAUCACGGCCGGGCCACGGAGAAGGAGAUUGCAGAUUGGGUCCGGCGCGUACGAGGCGAGGCGUCCAAGUUGGCGGCUCGGAAGGAGGCUAAGGCCCGAUGGGAUGAGGGACGUGUUGGUGGUUGGCGUUGA